GGAAAGCAAUGAACACACCGAGAUGGCACAGAGAGAGCUUCGACUGCCUCCAAUGGCGACACGGAGAGCUUGAUUUCCCCUUUAUCGAAGCUCCAGAGUUCUCUCGAUCGAUCUCCCUCCCUGGCUUCUACUCCUCCAUUGGUAACCAUGGCGGACAACUCCGAGAAGAGGUUUCAGAAGGUUAUGGACAAGCUCUAUUUCGCUCCCUCUCCGAAGCCUAGGCCUCCGCUUCCGAGAGGGAAGAGGGCGUUGGAGUUGGGGAAGCAAGAGCGGCUGAGGCUUCCUAGGGAUUCGAUUGGGUCACUUGGACUGGUGCCGCAGUGUCGUCCUUGGGAUCGGGGAGAUCUGAUGAGGAGGUUGGCUACUUACAAGGCCAUGACUUGGUUUGGAAAGCCCAAGGUGGUCAAUCCUGUGAAUUGUGCCAGGAGAGGUUGGAUUAAUGUUGAAAUGGACACUAUAGCUUGUGAGGCAUGUGGAGCACGUCUUCUUUUUUCUACUCCUUCAUCAUGGUCGCUGCAGCAAGUUGAAAAGGCUGCUGCAGUGUUCAGCUUAAAGCUAGAUAAUGGACAUAAACUGUUAUGCCCAUGGAUUGACAAUGUGUGCGAUGAAGCACUUGCACUACUACCUCCAACACCACCUGCAACUUUGAUUGAGGGGUACAAAGAACGUGCUUCAAUGCUCAUUCGACUUUCUGCCCUGCCAGCAAUAUUAUCCUCAACAAUUGAGUACAUGAAGAGCCCUCAGCUUACACUCCUUUUAUCUCAAUCUUCUCUUCAGUCAAUUUCCUUAGCUUCUGGAGUUAAGCUCUCAAAUCUAUCUGGAGAUAAGGAUUUGGAUGGUGUGGCUGAAUCUGCUUUCUCAGAUUUAUACUAUCAGUCACUAAAAAUUAUUAGUUUAUGUGGAUGGGAGCCUCGGCUGCUUCCUUAUUCUGUUGACCAUGAAGAUCAGUCGAGUCCUGCAAAUGGAGCCCAUUCAUCAGGGUCUUCAGUACAGAUCCCUACUGAUGAAAAGAUUAUAAUAUAUCCUGCAGGCCAUUCUGAUGAUGUUAAAGUGGAUAAGCAUAUUCCGCACACUCUUGAUGAAUACCAAUAUGAUCCAACUUCGGUUGUAUUGGACUGCAGACUUUGUGGAGCAUGUGUUGGAUUAUGGGCUUUUGCAACCACGCCACGACCUCUGGAACUUUUCAGUAUAAUUGCUUCCCCAGAUUCCAAUGGUCAAGAUGAGUUAUUGACCUCUAAGGAUCUCCAUAGCGUUGCAGGUGUUCUCAGGACUGAAAAGAUGAAAACAAGCAAUACAACUUCUAAUGACGGGACUAGUGGUACCGACUAUAAUGGUGCAACAGCUGGUGAAAAGCCUCUUAGGUUAAAUUUGUCAAUUGCUGGUGGUCCUCCACCAACCAAGCAAAAUUUUAAACCAAGAGUAUCUUUUCCUAUAAUUAGUCGCCAUUUAAGAGCUCAGUUGGAUCCAGAUUUGCGUUUCAGAAAUUAUCAUUCAUCUGGUAGUUCUUGCAUGAAUCGCACGGAAAAGGAGUCCCGUUUAGUUCCACAUGCGGAUGAUCUGCCACAAAAUAAGAAAGACAAUAAUGAUGUUCCAGUUAUAUCUGAGCACUCAGGGUCAUUGAAGCGCAAAAGAGUAGAUGAUUUUACUAUUCCUGAAAAUAGUCAGGAACACUUUGUCAAUUCUGAAGAUCAAUUAGAGAUUAUGCAAACUGGUAUUAAUGAUCCUGGCAAUACUGAUAAUAACCCAGGAUGUGUAGGCGAAGAAGCUCCCCAUGCUGUCGGCAGUGUUGGAGAUGAUGCUAAAGUUGAAGGGUUAUCUUCUACUUCAAAUGCUACUGCUAUCUCUACACAUGCUGAUGUCAUUGAGAAAGACACUGAGAGUUCUACAACUAAGAAGUUCCUUCUCCAAAAGGCAACAGAAAGCAAUCAUUGUGGAGUAUUAGAUGCUCGAGAUGCACACAGUAAAUUCAGAGAGUUUGAUCCAAUCAGACAACAUAGACCAUUCUGUCCAUGGAUUGCUCCUAUUGAUGGAAAAAGCACUUCUGGUUGGAAACUAACUCUUUCUGCUCUAGUUCAACAGGAGAAGAGUUCUUCUCUUCCUUCUUCACAGUCAGAGGCACCACCUGCUUUACUUGAUGAGGUUGAUGAUCCGGUUGAUUCUAUUCGAAGGCUUUUCAUGUCCCCGGCAGCCAAAAAAAUAAAGAGCAGUCAUUGAAAUGACGAUCACCACAUCAGUUCUGAACAUUUGCUGUUACCGGGUUUUUGACAGAGGUUGGGCUGGCACCACAAGUUAGCACCUUGGAUUUGUCUAGCUGGAGUUGCUACUAACUACAUCCAUGUGGAUGGCAUUUUGAGGUGGUUUGUCUCCUAUGUGAAAAUUUUAUCUCUGUAUCACAAUAUAUAGGCAACAAAGAGCUGUGUUGGAUUAUCGGAAACUAUGGUGAGUUGAUGAAAUACAAAUUUCAAACAAAUUAUUUUUCUUUAAA